AGCAAGGUUACUAAAAUGGGCUUGCGAAAUAUUCCUGGACGCCUGUACAAUCACUAUAAAAAUCCUUUCACAUGUAAAUGUAGUUACUCAACUGUCUCUGUCGAUAAAUGGCAAAGUGUGGUCGGGCUGGAGGUUCACGCACAGUUAAAUACCGAAACUAAACUGUUUUCCGGCGCUCAGAAUACUUUUGGUGGUGUAGUGAACAAUUGUGUAGCUUUAUUAGAUGCCGCCAUACCGGGAACGUUACCCGUUUUAAACAGAAAGUGUGUAGAAUUAGCAAUAAAGACUGCACUAGCUCUCUCGUGCAAAGUUAACGAAGUGUCAACUUUUGAUAGAAAACAUUACUUUUACGCCGAUUUGCCGGCUGGUUAUCAAAUCACGCAACAGAGAGCCCCAUUAGCCAGUGAUGGAGUCAUUAAUUUUCAGGUAUAUACUCCCGGCAUUCACAAGAAACCUUACAAGAAGAGUUCAAAGAUCAAGCAAAUCCAGCUGGAACAAGACAGUGGCAAGUCUCUUCAUGACGCGGAGCUCAAGCGCAGCCUCGUGGACCUUAACCGGGCUGGGGCACCGCUGAUUGAACUGGUGUUCGAACCUGACUUGGAGGAUGGAGAAGAGGCAGCAGCGUUGGUUAAGGAGCUGUUGCUGAUUGUACAGCGGCUCGGCGCCUGCUCGGGCCGCCUGCAGGAGGGCGCGCUGCGCGUUGACGCCAACGUGUCCCUGCGGCAGCCCGGGGACCCGCUCUCCACACGUACUGAGAUAAAAAACAUCGGGUCAGUCCGCGGCGUGGCGGCGGCGAUCAAGCAUGAGAUCGCGCGACAACGCGACGUGCUGUCGCGCGGCGGCCACGUGGUGAACGAGACGCGCGCCUGGGACGCCGCUAGGCGCGCCACCGUCGCCAUGCGGGACAAAGAGCAAGUGCAAGAUUAUAGGUUUAUGCCAGAACCGAAUCUCCCGCCGCUCCGCGUCAACCUAAAAACAAAAGACGCCACAAAAGACGUAUUAAGCGUGCCCCGCAUACAAGACACCAUACCAGAACUCCCAGAGGACUCACGAAAAAAACUCAUCCAGGACUACCAACUGCGGCCCGAUACGGCCAUUCAGCUAGUCAACGAACCUACCCUACUCGAAUAUUUCCAGAGCUUGACUUCAGAAAACGCUAAAAAUUCAACCAAAAUCGCCAACUUACUGAUCAAUGAUUUACUAACAGUGCUUAACAAGAAAAAUUUAGACGUCGAAGAAUGUAAUAUCACUAUAAAACAGCUAAAAGAGUUAGUUGACAUGUUGGUAACAAAGCAAAUUAGUCUGGAAGUUUGUAAGAAGGUUCUCGAAGAAAUAGUUGAUUCCGACGUUGCUGAAUCCCCCGUAAACAUUGUUAAAGAAAAAGGCUGGUCUUUGGUGACAGAUGAAGAUGAAAUCACUAAGAAGUGCAUGGAAGUGAUUGAGAAUAAUCCAAAAUUGGUAAAGCAAUACAAGGAGGGGAAAGUGAAAGUAUUCUCGGCCUUGUUAGGAGUAUUAGUUAAGAGCACUAGUAAUAAGUUAGAUAUGUCUCUAGCAUCCAAAAAGAUGGAGGUGUUGUUGAAAAAGAAAUAAAUAUUGAAAA